UCUCUGUCUCUCUCUCAGCAGAGUUUUUUGGCUCCAUGGAGGAAACAUUCGGAGCAAACUGACUUUAGGAGGACGGGCAGAGGGAUUUUUUUCUUUCGGAGGAUAAGCAGACGGAUUUAAUCAUGUCGUCCGGAGGAUCGGCGGCGUUUCUGCUGCUGUUCUUUAGCCGCUGUUGGUGCACUGAUCCCGGCAGCAGAGUGUGCCAAGGGACGAGUAACCGCCUGACACAGCUCGGAACAUUUGCCAGUCACUAUAACAGCAUGGUGAGGAUGUACACCAACUGCACCAAUGUGCUGGAGAACCUGGAGAUCACCUACACCAUGGAGCACCACGACCUGUCCUUCCUGCAGUCCAUCCAGGAAGUCGGCGGCUAUGUUCUGAUUGCCAUGAACAAGGCUGCAACAAUCCCACUGGUCAAUCUGAGGCUGAUUCGAGGCCACACCCUCUACGAAAACCAGUUCUCCCUGUUGGUGAUGUCCAACUACAAGAACAGCAACUCGUCUGCCGCUCCAGAGUACAUCAGCGGGCUGAGACAGCUGCAGCUCAGCAGGCUGACGGAGAUUUUGCAUGGAGGGGUAAAGAUGACCCGCAAUCCCCUGCUGUGUAACAUUGACACCAUCCAGUGGUGGGACAUCCUGGACAAAAGCAGCAGUCCGAGUAUCCGCCUGGUGAAGGACUCGUAUUCACCUAAAUGUGAGAAAUGUGACCCGGCCUGUGUGAACGGUUCGUGUUGGGCAGCGGGUCCAGAUCACUGUCAGACAUUCACGAAGCUGCAGUGUGCGGAGCAGUGCAGCAGGAGGUGUCAAGGUCCAAAACCCAGCGACUGCUGCAACGAACACUGUGCUGCCGGCUGCACUGGACCCCGAGCCACCGACUGCCUGGCUUGCCGGGAUUUAAACGAUGAAGGAACUUGCAAAGACACUUGUCCGCCGCUCACGCUCUAUAACCGCAACACUCACCAGGUGGUUGUCAACCCCAACGCCAAGUUCACCUUUGGCUCGACCUGCGUCAAGUCCUGCCCACAUAACUACGUGGUAACAGAAGGAGCAUGUGUUCGAACCUGCAGCGCCGGAACGUAUGAGGUGGAGGAGAACGGAGUCCAACGUUGUAAAACAUGCAAAGGUCCCUGUCCUAAAGCCUGUAACGGGAUUGGUGUCGGAUCUUUAACCAACACCAUCGCCAUCAACGCCUCCAACAUUGAACUGUUCAGGAACUGCACAAAGAUCAAUGGGGACGUCUCCAUCAUAGACACGACCUUCAAUGGAGAUCCGUACCAUAAAAUCCCAACUAUGGAUCCGGCUAAACUGGAGUACUUCAGGACUGUAAGGGAAAUCACAGGUUUCCUGCUGAUCCAGUCUUGGCCCGACAACCUGACAUCUCUGUCUGUGUUUGAGAACCUGGAGAUCAUCAGAGGAAGAUCGACACACUUCACGCAGUACAGUGUGGCUGUGUUGAUGUCCAAGAACCUCCAGUGGUUGGGUUUGCGAUCCCUGAAGGAGGUCAGCGAUGGGAAAGUUUUGUUGAAGAACAACACUCAGCUCUGCUACACCCGAGCCGACCACUGGACCCGCCUGUUCAGAUCCACAAACCAGAUCAUCAGCAUGCACAACAACGCCCCCCCCGGCACAUGUGAGCAGAAGAACUUCACCUGUGAUUCAGAGUGUACAGAUGAGGGUUGCUGGGGUCCCGGUCCCACCAUGUGUAUCUCCUGUCUGCACGUCAACCGUAGGGGGCGCUGUGUAGCUUUUUGUAACCUGCUGCAGGGUGACCCCAGAGAGGUGCUGAUGAAUGGCAGCUGUGUGUCGUGUCAUCUGGAGUGUUUGCUGAAGGAGGAGACCCCGACCUGCCACGGACCGGCUCCAGACCAGUGUUUCCAGUGUGCCCAUGUCCAGGAUGGUCCCCACUGCGUGGUGCGCUGCCCCCAAGGUGUGCUGGGAGUCGGCGAUACGCUGAUCUGGACUUACCCAGAUCAGUCUGGCCGGUGCCAGCCCUGCCACCAGAACUGCACCCAAGGGUGUUCAGGUCCUGGACUGUCAGGAUGCAAAGGAGCUGCUGUCCAUUCCAUGUGGCCAGUGGGCGUGGUCGGGGGGCUCCUGACUGCUGUUGUCCUGGCAUUGGUGUUUUGUGUUGCUACGGCGGCAGCAAUCAGAAGGAAGAGGACCAUGCGGCGACUCCUGCAGGAGAGGGAGCUGGUGGAACCAUUGACUCCCAGCGGUGAAGCUCCUAAUCAGGCGUUACUCAGGAUCCUGAAGGAGACCGAGUUCAAGAAGAUCCGGGUGCUAGGUUCUGGAGCCUUUGGGACUGUCUUCAAGGGUCUGUGGAUCCCUGAAGGAGAGAACGUGAGGAUUCCUGUGGCCAUCAAAGUUCUCCGCGAGGCCACAUCACCAAAAGCCAACAAAGAAAUCCUGGAUGAAGCCUACGUGAUGGCGAGCGUGGAUCAUCCUCACGUGUGUCGUUUGCUGGGAAUCUGCCUGACCUCCUCGGUCCAGCUGGUGACCCAGCUGAUGCCGUUCGGCUGCCUGCUGGACUUCGUGCGAGACCACCGACAACAUGUCGGGUCCCAGUGGCUGCUCAACUGGUGUGUCCAGAUCGCCAAGGGUAUGAACUACCUGGAGGAACAUCACCUGGUGCAUCGAGACCUGGCGGCCAGGAACGUCCUGGUCAAGACUCCUCAACACGUCAAGAUCACCGACUUCGGCCUGGCCAAGCUUCUAACCGCCGAUGAGAAAGAAUAUCAUGCAGAUGGAGGAAAGGUUCCCAUUAAGUGGAUGGCGUUAGAGUCCAUCCUGCAGUGGACCUACACUCAUCAGAGCGACGUCUGGAGCUAUGGUGUGACGGUGUGGGAGCUGAUGACCUUUGGGUCCAAGCCCUAUGACGGCAUCCCAGCCAGCGAGAUCGCCUCGGUGCUGGAGCGGGGAGACCGGCUGCCUCAGCCACCCAUCUGCACCAUCGAUGUCUACAUGAUCAUGGUCAAAUGUUGGAUGAUUGACCCGUCCAGUCGUCCGAGAUUCAGAGAGCUGAUUGCAGAGUUUUCUGUCAUGGCCAGAGACCCGUCCAGAUACCUGGUCCUUCAGGAAGACGCGUCGUCUCCCACUGAUGCACGCUUUUUCUCUCGCAUGCUGAGUAUCGAUGACACGGACGACGUCGUCGACGCUGAAGAAUACUUACAACCAUAUAAAGGACACAGUAACCAUGACAACCAGUCCUGCUGUAGAACGAACGGUUUUCCAGUCCGAGAAAACAGCGUGGUCCUGCGUUACAUCAGCGACCCGACUCACAACACGCUGGAUAAUGAAGAACUCGCCACAUCAGAGUACAUCAACCAGAAUAUGAUUGAAAUGAGCUGCUGCAACCCAUCAGAGGUUCUGAACCCGAACUACAAGAACCUGAAGUGUCCCUGGGGUGCUGAGGCCCUGCCCACCAUCUUGGAUGAACCAGAGACCACGUCCCCAGGUCCAGAUGGACCUGAGUACCUCAACACAGCCUCCAGCUCACUGCCCCUCAAUACCAGCAAUAGUCUCAGCAACCUGGAAUACCAAAUUGACUUCCUGCCUCAGGCCACACCCCCUCCCACCACUUUACCCAGUGGCGGGCUGUUCCUGCCGGCGGCAGAGAACCUGGAGUAUCUGGGACUGGAUGCAGCGCUGCACACUCCCGUCCGCUAGGAGG